UGGUGCAACCCCGCGCCGAUCCUAGUACGCCUGCAGGGAAUCGUUAGAUGGCUUCGCUACGGGCACGCCGUCCUGCCGCUCAAGCUGCGGAUACGAUAGCGACCGUGGUGUGACAUAGGUGCCGGCAGGAUGGCUAGAGAGGUGGCUUUGCGAAAGCGCAUUGACAGCUCAUACUCUUCUUAAUGCGCAGCUCCUACAUGAUAUCUAGAGACGCAGUUGGGGGGAAGUCGGCUGGGUGAUGGUCUGAUGUCGAGAGCUAUUUGUUGUACACCUGCACGGUAAAGAUGUCGAACAUACACGCCAGCCGUGAUGCGCGGGAGCGAGAUGGAGAUCAAGCCACACGGCACGAGAACCCACCCUCCAACGGAUACUUUGCGCAACGACAGGACCAUAUGCCUGGGGACGAUCCGGCAGUGCGCGCAGAACAGGCAAAGGCAAGAGGAGCUGAGGCAGAUGGUUACCCGGUCGAUCCGUCUGCGAUACCACCAUCACCACCCUCUCCCGUCUCGUCCGUGCGCUCUUCGGUAUGGUCACUGCAGACAGGUCCAAUACUCGAUGCCGGUCCUGCUCCGCCUGACUACGCGGCUGCGGUCGCAAGCAGAGCACGCCAGCAACAUCCAGAACUACCGGCGCAUGCGCAGGAACCACAACCAGAUCGGCAUGAGUUGCGAAACCAUGAAGCAGGAAGCUACGGUACUAUGCGCCAAGAGCAAACGCCUACAAGCGCGGCGCAGGCGGCAGGCGAUCGGCAAAGGUCGCUAGGAAGCGAAAGCGAGUUGACAUCUCAGAAUGCAGUAUCUGGGACUCAGUCCCAUGGCGGCAUUGAGCGAGAGUGGCCCUUCGGCAACCGCAACAACCCUUUCACGAACAACUUUCCGUUUGGAACAGGGGGCAGCCCGUUCGAUUACCUUGGGCAACCGCAAAGCAUGCAGGAUGUGCAACGACAGCAACAACAAACGGCACCGCAGCAACAGGAGAGUGGCGAUGAUGAUGGUGGCGAGGAACAAGGCCUGCUAAGUCGGCGAAGAAAGGGAGGCCGGAAGAGACGAUGGCGGCGUAUCCGAGCUUGCUGCUGCUCACCAGCCGCAGUCCUGAACCUCAUUUUCGGUGCCGCUCUUGUUGGAAUUAUCAUUCUCUUAGUGAGAUUGAACAGAGUCGGAAAUAGAUCAGACUCGCCGUCUCAGGACAAGCCUGCAGCAGGCGGAGAUGGCGGCGAAAGCAACUCCACCGACCCUUUCCCAGCACAUCCCGAAAAUGGCCAGUGCGAGUACAAAUACUUUAGCGGAUCGAUAUCUUUUGAAUUCUCUCACGCCGAUAACUUCUCGUUCACGGAGAUGAUCGAGCCUUCGACUUUUGUUCCGGGAGGUAUCUCUGGUAAUGUCUGGAUCCUGCCCGCUCCUCCCGAGCAAACCCACCCUAUCCAGGGCUGGGUGAGCUACGCGACAAGCGAACCGUGGCAUGUGACAGAUAUGAGCUAUUUCUUCGAGGCUGGCAGUAUCGAGUUAAGAUUUCCACCGCACAACCGUAUGAGAGGACGACGGCCGUGCAUGGACAUCGGCAUGACCUUCUACGUGAAAGACAAUGUGCAAAGCUCUACCUGGAGCAUAUUGACUGGCAAUCUCAAUGUGGAGGUGGACGACAUGCUGUUCGUGAGGAACAGCAUCGGCGAGAUGACGAGGGGACCGCGCAUUGGCACGAUGAACGUUAACACUGUUCGGGGCGAUGUCAAGAUGCCCUAUUGGGAUUCGCGACGUACUAUCAUCGACACGGAUUCCGGGUCAGUGAGUGGGACAUAUGCUCUUCGAGAUUUGUUGUCCAUCAGCACACACUCCGGCACAGUGAGCAUUAGUGUCGAGCCUCAGUUGGCAGAUCCUGUCAAUGCAAAGCCGGCAGAGUUCCAAAUGGAAUCGCACUCUGCGAGUGUCCACGCGAACUUUCCGAUCUACGGCGACCUCCCGGACCGAGACUACAGAACCAGGGUAAGCACCCACUCCGGAACGGUAUCAGGGAACUAUCUCCUGGGAUCUACGGCCGCGUUCAGCUCGCAGUCGGGGACGCUCAGUCUAGGCGUCCUACCCUGCUUCGCUCAAGACAUGGACGCGACCCUACAUACCGAUAGCGGCUCGGCUUCGACGAGCAUGUACCUCUUGCCACCGUACAGGAUUGCCGGGGCGAAGAUGCGAUCGUCGCACCGAUCCAACUCGGGCGCAAUGAGCCUGGUGUAUCCGGAUGAAUGGGACGGUCAGAUAGAAGGCCACAGUAAAAGUGGAGGUAUCAGUCUCCGUGGCAAGGACGUCAAAGUGUAUUUUGAUGGCUCGUACGGCCCAGCGGGAAGGCAUAUCAUUGCUCAUAAGGGCUAUGGUGGUUCGAAACUCGAUUUUUCGACCAACAGCGGAAGCGUGAGCCUAAAGGUCGGGUACGAGUAACAAUCGCAGUCUAGUCGAGGUGGAUAGCUCGAAACGGGCGGAAAGGAGAAGCUGGAGAGUGUCUACGAGUAAUGACUGGAUGUUACACAAAGCUGUAUAUGGUCUGGCGCUGGUGGUUCUUGAAGGAUAUGAAAUUUCUUGGCACUAGAGAGCGUCGUUGAUUGCCGAGCCUUAUAUUGUGGAUACGCAUGCAUACUGUAAGUAUAAACAUGUGGUAUACACGAUACGGAAGAGCCAGACGAAGUAUUGCAUGGC